ACGCACCAGCUGUUAAGCUGCGCAGAAAAGACGAACACUUCGUUUUCUUGUUAUUGUUGAAGAAAUUAAUAAAAUAAACUAUAACUGCGGGCACUGGGAAGUGCAUUUGCAAACAGGAUGGGCAAUCAACUGGUGGGCAUUGCCCCUUCGCAAAUCUACGCUGUGGAGCAUUACUUUUCCGGCCAGUUUGGAUCCGAAAUCACCUUCAGUUCCAACAUGGGCAGUACUCGCUUCUUUAAAGUGGCCAAGGCGAAAACGGAUGAGGGUCAGAUAGUGGUCAAGGUGUUUGUAAAACAUGAUCCCACUUUGCCUCUGGAGGAUCACAAGGAGCGACUGGAGGGCAUAAAGAAAACCCUGUCGCUGGCAAAUGCAGUCAACUGUUUACCCUUUCAACGGGUUGAGCUCAUUGACAAAGCAGCCUACAUAAUGCGGGAGUAUGUAAAACACAGUCUCUACGAUCGCGUUUCAACACGCCCCUUUCUCACAGUGCUAGAGAAAAAGUGGAUAACGUUCCAGAUCCUUUGCGCCCUGAAUCAGUGCCACAAACAAAAGAUCUGCCACGGAGACAUCAAGCUGGAGAACAUUCUGAUCACCUCCUGGAACUGGAUCUUGCUCUCUGACUUCGCCUCCUUCAAGCCCACGUAUUUGCCGGAGGACAAUCCAGCGGACUAUACGUAUUUCUUUGAUACAAGUAGAAGGCGAACCUGCUACAUAGCUCCGGAAAGAUUCGUUAAAACCCUGGCCUCGGAUGACGACGGUGGAAAUGGCAAUAUGUCGGUAAUCCAUACCGAUUCCAUCAUUCGCCUGGCGCCCAGCUAUGCUGGAAAUACAUUGCUGCCAGCCAUGGACAUCUUUUCAGCGGGCUGUGCCUUGCUGGAACUCUGGACGGAGGGCACUGCGCCCUUUGAACUCUCCCAGCUGCUGGCUUACAGGCGAGGAGAGCGAGAUCUGGUGGAGAAGCAUCUAGCCGGCAUUGAAAACGAAAGGCUGCGCCAUUUGCUGGCUUCCAUGAUCGAUAUCCACUCGAUGAACCGAAAGAGCGCCGAGGACUACUUGGAUCAGGAGCGCGGCCAGCUGUUUCCCGAAUACUUCUACUCCUUCCUGCAGUCUUACCUUCAGAUGUUCAGCUCAACGCCCAUUAUGUCGCCGGACGACAAGAUCCAGUGUUUACAUAAAGACAUUGGCCAUUGCAUUAAGGUGCUGACACAGGCGCAAGACUUGACUCCCGAGGAGGAGGUUAAAGAUGGCGAGCAAGAGAAAAAGGAUCCCACGCUCUGUGCGCGAUUGCCACCGGAGCACGAUGGUCUGAUUCUAAUUAUCACCGUGGUCACUUCCUGCAUUCGAGGUCUCAAGCAGUCGAACACCAAGAUUGCAGCCUUGGAGCUUCUGCAGAAACUGUCGAAGUACACAACAUCGGAGACCAUCUUGGAUCGCAUAUUGCCCUAUAUUCUCCAUCUGGCCCAGAAAUCUCCAGCCAAGGUGCAAGUUCAGGCCAUUGAAACGUUGACUGCCUGUCUGGGCAUGGUGAAGGACAUUCCGCGCAGCGAUGCCAACGUAUUUCCUGAGUACAUCCUGCCCUCCAUCACGGACUUGGCCAGCGAAACGAGUGCCGUAAUCGUACGCGUGGCCUUUGCCCGAAAUAUUGCUGCUUUGGCCAAGAGCGCUGUCUACUUUCUGGAGGAGACCCAAAGAAAUGCUCCGAACGAGAUGCCCACCCCACGCUAUGAAGCAGAGUUGAAUGCACUCCAUGACAUUGUGAGACAGGCGGUACUCAGUCUGCUGACGGAUUCGCAACCGGUGGUCAAGCAAACGCUGAUGGAGUCGGGCAUCUGCGAUCUGUGCGCCUUCUUCGGCAAGGAAAAGGCCAACGACGUGAUACUCUCGCACAUCAUGACCUUCCUGAACGACGAGGACAAGAACUUGAGGGGAGCCUUCUAUGACAACAUCGCUGGAGUGGCUGGCUAUGUGGGCUGGCAGGCGUCGGAUAUAUUGGUGCCUCUCCUGCAACAAGGAUUCACGGAUCGCGAGGAGUUCGUCAUCGCAAAGGCCAUUCGUGCUGUGACCAUUCUGAUUGAAUUGGGUCACAUCAAGAAGCCAGCUGUGACGGAAAUUGUCCAGGAGACGGCCUGCUAUUUGUGCCAUCCCAAUCUGUGGGUUCGGCACGAAAUCUGUGGCAUGAUAGCCACGACUGCCCGCAAUCUCAGCGCCAUCGAUGUGCAAUGCAAGAUAAUGCCGGCGAUUGGUGCUUUCCUCAAGGCGCCACUCAUCCAGGUGGAGAAGCCACACAUCCUUUUGGACUGCGUUCAUCCGCCGGUGCCUCGGCAGAUCUUCGACAGCGUGCUGCGCUUCCAGGACAUUCAUCACUUCCUCAAGGCGCUGGAGGAUCGAUCGAGGGUGCGUAGUCAGACUAGACAAGGCUCUCUGCCGCAGUACGAGGAAAUGGGACAGACCCUCAGGAAUCUUUUCAGGCGUCUUAGCUCUGAGGGACUGACCGAUCUCAUUGAAACGCAGCUGCUGGCCAUGAAUCCAUUCCUCAUUUCCAUGAAGCACAAGUCUCUUCAGGAUCUGGACGACACCGCCUCUGGCAAUGGACGCAUCGUGGUCAGUCGCAAGCAAGUCGGUUGCCAUGAAUAUCCGCUGGCGGACAAGGCCACCAAAAUGCCCCUGGAGAACCGAUCUAGCGAGGGUCCACCAUUGGUGUCGCCUGCAUCGGAUGCAGCUAUCACGCCAAUGGGUACUGGCGGAUUAUCCGGAAGUCCUGCCUCCGGAGCUGUGGUCCUCGGAGUGCCAACGGCCACCGUGAGCGCGGCCACUUCGCUGGGUGAAUACACCAUGCCGGAGAGAAACUGCUGGCUGGAGCGCUCCUCCGAGUGCCGCAAGGAUCUCGAAUCGCUGACGGCCAAGAUCAAGAGUCGGUACAAUGUGCUGGCCAUCUCGCAACGCUGUAGUUACGACAAGCUGGUGACCCCCUAUCCGCCUGGCUGGCGAAUGAAUGGAACUCUGGUGGCCCAUCUGCACGAGCAUUCGGAAUCGGUGAUCAAACUGGCGCCCCUGCGUCCCCACGGUUCGCUCUUCGCCAGCGGCAGUAUAGAUGGAACCGUGCGGCUGUGGGACUGCAGCAAGUUGAACGGCAACCAGGGGGUGAAUAAAUCCAGGCAGGUUUACUCGGCCAACACGCCCAUUUACGCUCUGGCCGCCUGUGAUAGCGGACAAUCGCUGGCCGUUGGCGGCAAGGAUGGCAGCAUGCUGAUGAUGCGGAUUGAUCGGAACUCCGCCAAGAUGACGCUCCAGCAGGCACUGGAUCAGAAUGAUCAUAAAGAUGGGCCUGUGGUGGACAUGCAUGCCUACGAUCAAGCCACCCAAAGCGUCAUAGUUUACGCUACGCUCUAUGGAGGAAUUGUUGCCUGGGACACACGGAUGCAGCACAGCGCCUGGCGAUUGCAGAACGAACUGCGGCACGGAGUGAUCACCACGAUCUGUGCGGAUCCCACGGGAUCUUGGCUGGCCACCGGAACCAGCGGAGGUAAACACAUCUGCUGGGACCUGCGGUUCCGUUUGCCCAUCGCCGAAAUCAAGCAUCCCGCCGAUUCGUGGAUAAGGAAGGUGGCCUGCCAUCCCACGGAGCCUUCGUAUCUGAUCUCCGCCUCGCAGUCGAACAACGAGGUGUCCGUGUGGAACAUCGAAACGGGUCAGCGCCAGGCUGUUUUGUGGGCCAGUCCGGUGGCGGCCUUAUCGAGCGCCAGUCCUAGCGAUCCGGCCACCACGUGUGGCAUCCUCAGUGGCGUGGUCGAUGGUUCGCCCUUUAUUCUCACUGGCAGCUCGGACCAGCGCAUCCGGUACUGGGACAUCAGCAACCCGAAGAACUCAUCCCUCAAAGUUCCUGCUGCCAACGAUAAUCUGGCAGAUGUGGCCUUCAACUACAGUGCCCGUUUAAUCGAUGGCAGCCAGGUGAUCGAGGAGCAAAUCAUUUCCAUGGCCAGCACGGGUGACUCCCAGCAGCUGCGCUCCUCCACGGAGGAGAAUCCGCGCUCCGGACCGGACAUGCCCACUGCGAGUCACCACGACGCCAUCACCGAUCUGCUGAUGUGCAAGGACAAGGGUCAGAUCUACAUAGCAUCGGCAUCGCGCGACGGUGUCAUCAAGCUGUGGAAGUAGUCGCCCGCUUUAUAGUAUUUAAUUAUUCAACUGUGAUUAGCCUAAUAAAUUGCAAUAUGUGUAACCUCUUGA